AUGUCGGAAAAUACGCGAAAAGAAAUAACUCAAAAGAAGUCAGCUGCUGGAGAAAAUGCAGACGAAGAAAAGGGUUUAAAAAAAGAACAUACAGUUACAUUCCACAUACCUAAGAAGGAACAUGGAGCAGGGGAUGAUACACCUGUACAUAAAAAGGAUUUUAUAUUCCAAAAUGAUGGCAUGGAGCAUGACUUCAAUCAUAACGCUACUAGAGGUGAAUCCCUGAAUUCAUUUGAAAACGAAGAUGACAAUGAACUGAGAGCUUUACAGAUGACAGAAGACAAACUUGAAAUAAAUGAAACGGAUAACAAAAAAGUAUCUGCUGAAAAGAUCAAUGAUUACAAGGUUGGAAUCAAAGAACUCUUCAAAGCAGCAAAGAAAAGGGAAAAAAUGGAAGCAAAGGAAUCUGAGAAGAAAAGAAAACUGAAAGAAAACGAAUCAAAAAAGAAAGGAAAAAUGGAGGCCCGGGAGAUUGAAAGGAAAAUGGAGGCUCAGGAAUCUAAGGAGAAAAAAGCACGAGAAGAAAAAAAAAUUAAGAAGAAAAGAAAGAUUGAUAAAAAGAAAGCUGAGAACCAGAAGAAAUAUGAAAAAUGUAUAGCAAAGGGAGAAACACAGAAAAGAAAAGAAGAAUUUAAAUCAUCACAGAAAAAACAUCAAUCGGAGGUUAGCGAAUCUAAGCAGAAAACACCUAAGCUGAUGGAUUUUGUCAGAAGCCUUGUUGGAUGUAUUCGGAACAGACAUUAAAACCUGAAGUCAAACCCUGCUCCGAUCAAGUUUGUUGAACAGUUGCAUUCGUAGUUUCUCUGUGUGUGUUUGUUUAUUUAUGAAAAUUUAUUUCCUGCCUUUAUUUAUUUAUGAAUUUGUAUUUCAUAUGAGAUUUUUGUUUA